CUUUCGCGUCGUGCGAUUUCCGGACUUUCCGAACUCCAAGUCGCGUCGAUGGCGUCGACGCGAUGCCGCGCGACGCCUCGACGCCCUCGAAUAGCUCGGGAGUGAUGUGACAGGGCUGAGUAGCAGUGCUGCUACUGCCCGGCACCAAUCAGCGGAGGGGUUGAACGCCGCAAUCACUGGCUGAAAAAAACGUGAAACCGAGCGACUCCACACUCAGGCACGCUAGGCAACAGCGCGACGCAAAAGAGAGCGCAUUAAAAAGUUUUAGGUGCUAGCGGCCUGAAGACAUACUAGCAAGUCCAGCCGAGAUUGACAAGUUUUGGCCCUGGCAGCGCCGUGCCGCCCGUAGAAGGCUUCCGGAAGAACCGUUUGAUCCAUUAUCGACCAAACGCAUCGAGCCCGGCAGCCCUUUGCAUAGCAGGGCACCAGCCCACUCACCUUGGAUUUGGGCAGCCUCGACACCACUAGAUACACAAAACAAACGGAACCAUGUGGCGCUGGCUCGCCGCCCUCCCCUGGAUACUUAGAGGAGAGGCGAAGUUCGGCUCCCAUCGACGGGCCUGCGCCCUCGACGAGCAGGAAUUAAUCAGAAACACGCAACACAACGAAUUCCACCAGAUCAUAAAUAGCAUGCACGGGCCGCGGUGCGGCGGUUUUUUUGUGGAGGCGGGAGCGAACACGGGCGUCAAUUCCGUCACGAGGGCCUUUGAGCGGAUCGGCUGGCACGGGUUGUGCGUCGAGGCGAGCCCGUAUUUGUACCACAACUUCCUCGUGAAGAAUAGAAAAGAUUGUGAGAAUAUUCAUGCUGCGUUAGUAGAUGGUCCGGACCAGGUUGUUUUUAGAGCAUACACGGAGAGGUUAGGAGACCUCUCGGGCAUCGAGAGCUUCCGAACACAAAAACAGUGGGCGAAGAUGGAGCGGGAACAUGCCAACGACAAGCGGAAAUGGCGGUUAGAAAGGACGAACGUCACCGCGCUGUCUCCAGCAAAGCUGGUCUUCGGGAGGGGACAUGUAGAUUUAUUCUCACUCGACGUCGAGGGCGCGGAGCUGUGUGGAAAUCAACCAGUGCGUCGGGUGCACCCGACAAUUCUUCACUAAGUCAUUUCUCGGCGAUGACGCAGCCGUCCUGGCUCGGUCGAGCGGCGAGGAACCGGCAUCGCCACGCCAUCGAGCAGGCGUCGCGUCGAUGGCGUGGAGGUCGACGCGACGAUUCAACACGAACGCGCCGUAAAAUUUUGAUUUCCACACAGGCGCGGAAAUGAACGUCCUGAAGAGCUUCCCCUUCGACGAGGUGCGCGUGGACUUCUGGUUCGUCGAGACGAAUAAAUUGGACCGGGAGGCGUUCAUGACGUUCAUGAGUGGCAAGCACUACCACUGCCACCACGUCGACCACGUCAACACGCUAUGUCGACAUAAAGAUGUCAGGGCGAACCGGCGGCGGCGGUAAGUUUGAGUUUGUUGUGAGG